AAAGGGGCGGAUCCUUAAAUGAAUAGGCUUCCCUCGCGGAAUUAGCUGUAACGUUAAUGUUGUGUAAGACAAUACCAAGGCAGGACUUCUCGCGUUACGAAAAUAACAACAGAUGUAGAAUCCAGAAGUAAAAUUGCCUACAGAUGUGGUAAGGACCAUAGAGAGAGAGAGAGAAAUUCCUACUGAAUGAAGAAUGUAUAGUCCAGCUGUGAGCCGCAUCCAUUCACGACGAACUACGGGUGUUUAUGAAGAAUCAACAUGUUCUACCAUCGAGGGGCAGUCUGUGAGCCUUCUUCGUUAUAACGGGUGUGUGUGUCUGGUUCACUGUCAGAGGGGAAAGAUCAGAGGUCACAGCAGGUCGGGGGCUAGAAGUUAGGGAUCAUGUCUGCCGUGGCGUUCCAGGACCUUCCUCUUAACGUCUACAUGGUCAUCUUCGGGACCGGAGUCUUCGUCUUCGUCCUCAGCCUCAUCUUCUGCUGCUACUUCAUCAGUAAACUAAGGCACCAGGCUCGGCGAGAGAGGUUUGGAUACAAAGCUGUGGUAUUCAAAGGGGAUACAAGGAAACUGAAUCUGCACGGGCAGACAUGUGCAGUGUGCUUGGAGGACUUCAGAGUGAAAGAUGAGCUAGGAGUGUUGCCAUGCCAACAUGCCUUUCACCGGAGUUGCCUGGUGAAGUGGCUGGAGGUGCGCUGUGUGUGUCCCAUGUGUAACAAGCCCAUCGCUGGACCACCUGAACAUCACCACAGCCUGGGCACACUACUGGAUGAACUGGUGUAGCGCAUUGUCAUGCCGAUUCAGUUGGAACUGAGUGGUGUAACAUGUUGAUAUGACAACACAGUUGGAAUAGACUGGUCUAACAGACUACACGUCGGUAAAGUGAAUUUACCGGACAAACUGUUCUUAAGGUCCAGGGAGAAAACCACAACAAUGGAGAAAAAAAUAUUCAGAUUUCAGACCCUCAUGUAUUGAUAAUGAGACGGGACACAGAGCAUUAUGGGUACUGUAGUAUAUCAUACUACACCUUAUCAAGUGGAGUCAGUCAUUUAAUGAAUGACUGCCCAAACCUCUACAGUGCUCACUCAACCAGUUUCAGGAAUGAGUGCAGGAUUCCCAAACCAAACUCUGGGACUAAAAUGUCCCUCUCAACCCUCGGUCACUGUCUGGACGAGGGGCUACCUGUUGAGGGAGAACUUCAGGUAACUCAUGGGCCACAUUGCCGAACACCCAGAUAAAAAAAUAUGAUGUAGAACAGACAUGCCUCUCUGAAAUGUAGAGUGAGGAAUCAUGUCAACUCUAUUUGUGCCAUUUCUAUCUGCAACAUCCAGCAUGUUGCAUCCUGGGGAUGAUGACAUACAUUUAUUAUUAUUGUGACACGUUUCCUGCUGACUACACUGUGUGUGUGUGUGUGUGUGUGUGUGUGUGUGUGUGUGUGCGUGCGUGCGUGUGUCUGUCAGAUCUGCAUCCUGCUUAUAUUAAGUGGGUGUGACACACUCCUGUUUUGACCUGUAGGAGGAACAGACAGUGUAUUUAUUCUGACCAGUAUUUCCUAUAGAUUUGCCAAACAAGCCUUUGCAGUUUACUGUAUUGAGAAUGAAGAGAGAUUCAGACGCAUUCCUUUCUGCAUGGUAAACUGAACUGAAGCCCAAUAGCUAAGUCGACAGUCCCCACGUGAACAACGCAAAGAUUUUUCUAUUGAAAUGGAAAUCAUAAGACAAUAUCUGCUUUAGUAAAUAUGAGAAAAGGUCUAUGGGUCCUGAUUUGUUCCAUGUCCUACCAUGUUUGUGGUGUGUGAACGAACAGUCCUCUACUGUGUAUGUAGAGCCAGAAGGAAUAGAAACACACCUCACCUGCCUUAAACCCCCCUCUCACCUCUGGCUCUGAGAUAUGACAUGGGCCAUGACCCAAUACUUCAACCAUUCCCCUUCCACCCUCCCUUCCGCAAAGUAAUCACUGACCUUACUGGAUGGGUAGAAGACGUUCCACCACAUAGCUUCCGUCAAUACAGUCAGGUCAGAUGUGUGAAUAUUUAGUAAAAGAGGUUGAAAGGGUACAUUUUGGAAGUAUUGGAAGGAUUUUACAGUCCUGUUUCAGUUGCCAUGUUUGUGCUCCUGUGAAUGUUUCAGGGGUCACUUCUCAACACCAUCCAUCUCUUCAUCACAGAGUGUUAUUAUGGACUGCCCUCACCAUGAAGCCUGGAAGGGUCACUAGACUAUAGUCACUAUAGUCACUAUACAAACAGUUACACCAUG